AAGAGCUUUCUCUAUCCGCUCAUAUCAAUUUUAAGUCCGGUUUCGGGAGAUGCUAUUCUAAAACCCAGCCGACAAAACUAACCGAAACUAGAGUACGUCUGAUCGGUUAUUGCUUUCUUAAACAUGGGUUUCGGUUAGAUUUGUCAAUUCGGCCUUAUUAAACUCAGAAACUUUACCAAAAAUUUAUGUGUGCGCUCUUGACUAGUUUUCAAGUUAUUUAACCGAUAGGUGACUGCUGGGUAUGUUUUUGUCUGUGUAUGUUCGCAUACAAGUAUGCGAGACGAAGCAAAGCGAAGCAAAAUGCUGGCCAACCCUCAUCUUUUAAUGCGUUGAAAAUCAGCUGUUGUUAUUUCUUUUCUUUUGUUUUCUAUUUCUCUUAAUUCGUACCGCACAAAACAAAAAACGUAAAUAAAAUAAAUUAACAAUAAAUUUUAGAUACAAUAGUAUUUUAUAAUAUUCAGAGAAAAUAAUGGAGGAGAAAACAAUGGAGGAGAAGUUAAUCGAGACAGUUAAAUUGCACCCGUGUCUCUUCGAUAAAAGCUCGCUUCUUUUUCGGGACAAAACGUUGAAGGAGCAAGCGUGGCAGACAGCGUCAAUUGCAACGGGAGCCUCAAUUGAACAUUGUAAACAGCGCUGGAAGUCGCUACGUGACCGAUUUGUGCGGGAGGUGGUGGCGCAGCAAUCGAAGUCGGAGGAUGCUGCGGAGGAGAAGAAUGAGUGGAGCUAUUUCGAGUUAAUGCGUUUUUUAACGAAACACGUUAAUCCCAGAAAAACGAAAGGCAAUGCACAAUGGUCCAUCGACGAUCAGCUAAAUUACAGUAAUUCACCCGAAACACCACAGAGCGACUCGUAUCAAACCACUGAUUGCCAGUGGGUAGAAUCGCUGCAGGACGAAAGUGGACUAAAUGAGAGCGAAAGCAGCAUCGAGGCACCGAGAUCCAAAAAGCGGUCGAAACGUCAGCGGCUGUACGAGGAGACACUCGAACCUUUUAGUCAUCCUUGUAGCAAUGUUGAGACGGUGUUCUCUAAGAAGGAGGAGUUCAAGAAUAAGGCAGUUUUAGCCAUGUUGGACGAACUUCUGCAGAAAAAAUCAGAGGAAGUGCAGGAAAGCAAGGGUGCACACGAACGUUUCAUUCGCCUUUGUGGGACUAUCGAGAGAGUGAUCUCUGCUAAAGAAGAGUCCAAAAAUAAGGCAUUUUUAACUUUUUUGGACGAACUUCUGCAAAAGAAAUCAGAGGAAGUGCAGGAGAGUUUGAAAAUGGAAAUUUUAAACCAUGUUCAUAAUUCUUAAUAUUUUUAUAAUUGUUCAGUUAAAUAAUUAUUACUUUUAAGGGGAUAUUAAUUAUUAGUAUAUAGGAUACCCAUUACGUAUAUAUGAAUCAUAGAUUACACAUACAGAUAGUUUUAAUUUAACAUAAAAACACUCACUCAACUUACCGAGUUGUUCCACUUAGCGAAUAACUUAAUUUUAUGUAAUAGAAAGUAAAAUGCACUUUGUGGGGGUCAACCACUUUUAUUUACGUAAUUUUCCAAUGAUUUUUAGGUAAGAAACUUUUUUUAAGUUAUUCAUAUAUCUUUUAUAUGUACUUUAUAUUUAAACAUAGAAUAGAGCAAAAUAAAAUUAUUUAUUAUAUUACAAAAUAUUUUUAAGAUUUCGUAAAAAACCAUAUAUUCCUAA